AUGGAAGCGAUUUAUAUAUUACAUGAAAAAGAUAUGGAUGCUCGUUUUUAUGUUUAUCUUAGGUAUGAAAACAUUUUACUUAUUCAAUUAAGGAAUAUUCAAAGUUUAUUUGAUAUUCAACUAUUAUCAUUAACAAUUGAUGAAACUGAAAAAUUCAGAAUACUUUGUUCAAUUGAAGGUCAAACAUGUCAGUAUAUAUUUCGUGUUAUUAAUGAAAAUACAAAUACUAGUAGUCAUAGUUCUAAAUCUUAUUUUACUGAUUCAAUAUCUUCACUAUUAUCGAUUCCAAUAUUAUCGAAUAGUACUCAUCAUCAUGGAAAUAAUAGAACUUAUUCUUCACUUAUGCAAACAUCACUUGAGAAUUUAGACAUUGGUUCAGAUUUACGUUCAAUUAAUUGUCUAAAUUUAUUAGACUUCGCAUUUGAACGUGGUCUUCAUAGAGCGAAGAAACGAUUAAGUCUAGCUAUUCCAUUCAGUCCAUGA